AUGCGGACAACGUCUCCAGCUAUUCCCCGCACGGCACUAUGCACACCGACCGAAUUCCGCCGAUUCGGACCAAUCGGUCACUGUGCUGCCACCGACGAACUGGAUGAUAAGUGUUCCCAUCAAGAGAUCAGCUCAUCUCUUGAUUGCGAAGGAGUGACAGAUGGAAAUGUUCCCAUUCGCAAGAAGCAGUUAUUUCAGAAUGUCGCCAUGGCCACCUAUAACACUCCUGCUGCACCUGACACAUGCGAUCCCACACCGGCCGACCAACUGGGUCCCUACUACGCCAACGGUGCACCGGAUGAUCGAAUAAUCCUCAGCGGAACGGUGCGCUUCCGUCAAGCGGGCUUUCCCUGUGGUCGAGCGGGACGCGCCAUGUUAGAUUUGUGGCAAGCUAACCCCAGCGGAUUGUACAGUGUUAUCCCCGUAGAGCUGCAGAGCUCCCAUCCCGUGCUGUUUGAAUUACCCGGAAAUUUCACCCUGGAAACCAAUGCCACCGGGCCGUACGAUCCACACUGGGCAUGCCGAUUGAAGAUCAUUACCGGGGACGAUGGCUACUAUUCGCUGUCCAGUGUUGUUCCAGGUCGUUAUCAAGCGUUCGAAGGGUGGCGUCCAGCGCACAUUCACUUUAGGGUCACGCCACUCGACGCCUACGACCGACCGUUGAAUGAUACCUUUACUACGCAGAUUUACUUCUAUCACGAUAUGUUUAACAGUCCCAACGACCCUUGCCCGCCACCCGGGUGCAAAAGUGGCGAUCCACGAGUGACCGUCUUUUACUCACAUGAUGACGACUUUAAGACAUUCAUUGGCAGACAAGACUUCCUAAUUUAAAUGAUUAUGUUUUCGCUGUAUCUUGGUCGUUGUGAUAUUUGCUUUAUACAAAUAUUCCCCAGUGUGAAUAUCAAUGAUAGUUCAGAAUCCAAUAAAUUAAACAUAUACGUACUUGAAAUUGUUUUUUGUAAUCAAAUUACUCAUUAUAAUCGAAAAUCCUUUGAGAAUUGGUGGAGCAUGUUAAAUUUGCGUCAAUUGUGAGUGUAAGUGGGGUGCGCGAGGGUUUAAGUAGCUGAUUAAUGCAGAAUGUGCAUUAAUCAUUUUUUCUGUAAUUGGGAAAUGGGCUCUGCCAUUUUCAAAGCCCCGACUGCGAAGUGGGGUCG